GCCUGUGUGCAUCCAUCCCUGGUUGUUCGCUAUUAGUGCAAUGAUGAUGACGAAGGACGAGUGGUCCGCUGAGGAGGAGUUACAGCUCUUCCAUGCAAUGGAAGGCUUACGACCCGUAGGCAUAAACAAACAUUUCUACAUGUCUUGCAUAGCGGAACGUCUCUCGAAAUCGCUUAACCGUGAAAUGCCCAGUGACUUAAUCUGGAGGCAUUUAAGCACAAUGUACAAACUAAAAGAGCUAGAUGAUCUUGAGGGCUUGCCAUUUCCCAAUGAGGAGCGUGAGUUCUGUUUGCCGGAACAGGAUUACGCCACAUUCGUGAACAAGAAGACGAUUGGAACAAACGCUUUAGAAGAAAACACAGAUGCACCGACUCCCAUUGGAGCACCGAUUUCUGCUGUAGCGACAGAAAGUCACAGUAAAAGCACUAAGCUUGCAGUGGCUCAAGCAAAAGAUAGUGAAAAGAAGAUGCCAACAAAACUUUCGGAUUUGCCAAAAAGACCAGCAAAACGAACUCGGGGUUCCAUGUCAAAUGAAUCGAUUAGCCCUUCGACCACACCUCCUCCCAUGCAGAGCAGCAAGCGCCGUCGUAUUUAAGAGAACAAAUAUAAUUCUUUUUUAGUUGUAGUUAAAUCAUGACCAAACUUUGACUUAAUAAUUAAAUGUAUAUAUAGCAACU